CAUCUACAAAUGCCACGACGAUGCCAAGGACAAGGACUUCGAGCUCGAGAUCUCUUGGAUCUGCCCAGAAUCUGGCGGAAAACAUCAAACAGUACCGGCUGAGAUUGUUGCAGAGGCCGGCCGGAAGGCAAAGGAGGCGCUCGAUGACGAGAUGGAAGAUUGAUGAUUCAGCUUGAGCUGCAAGAAAAGCCAUCUUCCAUGUGUAGUAACUAGCCCUCCUUCCAUUGAACAGAACAUACAAAGAAAGCACAAUUCCCUUGUCCUCGCCAUCUAUUGAUACUACGACGUCCUUGGACCUCUUGAAAGCGUCGUAAUCGUUGAGAGAACAAGGACGGUAUUUCUCGGCCGAAGGGCGGAGUGGACGCGCACUGACCUUCCCUCCAUCCGAGAGUUGCUCGCUGCCACUUCCUUGUAAACAAGAUGUCGUCGACGACCGUAGACGUGCCCGGGCCAUUGCUCGAUGAGAUCAAGGCCUUUCGGCUGUCCGGCUCUGGUUCCGGAGGGAAGACAUCUUCGUCGGCGCUCGUCAUCAAAAUUGACAAGGCGAAAUUGGAGAUGAGCAUCGAGGACAAAUGGUCUGGCAAUGAGCUUGCAGACCUCGUCGAGGACUCACUGCCGGAGAACUCACCGCGCUUCGUGCUGCUGUCCCAUACGCUGCAGCACCCAGAUGGCCGCGUGUCCUUCCCCCUCAUCAUCCUCUACUGGGCUCCUCAGACGAGCUCGAUGGAGCUAUCGACGCUCUACACGUCGGCAUUAUCCAACUUCAGCGUCAAGGCCGACGUGGGAAAGGUCAUCGACAUACGAGAUGGUGAGCUGGAUACCGCCGCAAUGGACAAGCGGCUGCUUGGGUAGACAGACAUUCUCGGUCUCAGAGGAAAGGGGGACUUAGACAAGGACGAUGGAAAUAGGCUCAGACAAUGUGGAAAUUGCUCUUUGGCAUUGCUUUGCUCUCUUCGGCCCUUUCGCUUGCGAAGACGCUGGGCUAUCUUGCCUCAGUGAGUAAGUACUGGCCUAGACUUCCUCGUUGCGAAUCGAGGAGUAGGCAGCGUCGUCGGCUCAGGCGCAGCGGCAGAGAAGGUCGGACCGGCAUAAAUGCUUGCAAGACCCUCUCCAAUACCAAGUGAGGAAGUAGCAGCAUCCAGAACCUCCGAGACGCUUGCCUCUGGCGAUUGGGUUGAUUGAGAUGACGGUUGCGAAUCGGCCCUGGCAGGCAGAGCGGAGAAGGAGGAAGUCUUACUGGAGGAAAAUGAUUCUCCAGCUCCUCUUCCAAGCUUAACUAUGAUUUUGCCGUCCUUGCGGUUGGGUGCGUACCAUGGA